UGUUUUAAUUUCUGUAAAGAAUUUAAAGAAUUUGCCACUCGAGGUAAUGUAUUGGAUUUAGCUAUUGGUAUUGUUAUUGGAACUGCAUUUACUAAUGUUAUUCAAUCACUUGUUGAUGAUAUUAUUACGCCUCCGUUAGGUUUAGUAUUGGGUGGUGUUGAUUUUGCUAAUUUAACAAUUAAAAUGAAAAAUUUUGUUUAUACAAAUCAACCACCAGUUGUUAUUCGUUAUGGAAAAUUUAUUCAAUCAUGUUUUACUUUAUUAAUUAUAGCAAUGACGCUUUUCUGUAUUAUUAAAGCUAUAAACCAUCUCUAUAAGAUAGCGGCUAAAAGGAAAGAAAAAAAGAAAACAGACACCGAUGUCGAAAUAAGUGAAGAAAUAAAAAUAUUACGUGAAAUUCGAGAUCUACUAGCUAACAAAUCGUCUGCAGCAAUAACACAUGUUGAAGUAUAA